AUGUUAGAAGAUGAUGAUGUUGAGAUAAUACAUUCUACCAAUAUCAUUAAUGAUUAAUACAAUCAUUAAUAGAACCAAGAAUUCAUUCGCAUCCUAAAAAUAUAACAUCAAGUAUAUUCGUUUCUUGAUUCUAGAAACUCUUAUCAAGUAACUAGUCACUAGUUAAAGAAGUUUAACAAUA